AGGCGCAUUUCAUGAUUUAUUCAGUCAAGGGGAUGCCGAAGAGAGCUGUGCCCCCCGCCGUCUUGUGAGAGUGGACGAGUCCGGGUGCUGUGAGAGUGGCUGAGGCAGUGUUUGCUUCCUGGCCUGGAGGAGAGUGACAGGAGGGACGUGGGGACAUGGCCUCCUCUAUGAGAUCCCGGACUCUGAGCAAGGAUGAUGUGAAUUAUAAGAUGCACUUCAGGAUGAUCAACGAGCAGCAGGUGGAGGACAUCACCAUAGACUUCUUCUACAAGCCCCACACCAUCACCCUGCUCACCUUCACCAUCAUCAGCCUCAUGUACUUUGCCUUUACAAGGGAGAACACAAGCCAGGAAGACAAUAUUUGGAAGGGAAUCCUCUCUGUCCUCUUCUUCUUUCUAAUUAUUAGCGUAUUGGCUUUCCCAAAUGGCCCAUUUACAAGACCUCAUCCUGCAAUAUGGCGAAUGGUUUUCGGUCUUAGUGUACUCUACUUCCUGUUCCUUGUCUUCCUGCUUUUCCUUAACUUUGAGCAAGUAAAGGCUGUAAUGUAUUGGCUGGAUCCAAACCUUCGAUAUGCUACAAGAGACGCGGACGUUAUGGAGUACGCCGUUAACUGUCACUUAAUCACAUGGGAACGAAUACUGAGCCACUUUGAUAUAUUUGCCUUUGGGCAUUUUUGGGGCUGGGGCAUGAAGGCUUUGCUAAUCCGAAGCUACGGCCUGUGUUGGACAAUCAGCAUCACUUGGGAACUGACAGAGCUGUUCUUUAUGCACCUCCUUCCUAACUUUGCCGAGUGUUGGUGGGAUCAAGUGAUUCUGGACAUCCUCUUGUGUAAUGGCGGGGGCAUCUUGCUGGGCAUGGUAGUUUGCCGCUUCUUGGAGAUGAGGACAUAUCACUGGGCAAGCUUCAAGGACAUUCACACCACAACAGGCAAAAUCAAGAGGGCCGUUCUACAAUUCACUCCAGCAAGCUGGAUGUACGUGCGCUGGUUUGACCCCAAAUCUUCCUUUCAAAGAGUAGCUGGAAUAUAUCUUUUCAUGAUUAUCUGGCAGCUGACUGAACUGAAUACGUUCUUCUUAAAGCACAUCUUUGUGUUCCAAGCAAGUCAUCCCUUGAGCUGGUGCCGGAUCCUUUUCAUUGGUAUCAUCACAGCACCCACUGUAAGGCAGUACUAUGCAUAUCUCACCGACACACAGUGCAAGAGGGUUGGGACGCAGUGCUGGGUGUUUGGUGCAAUUGCCUUUCUGGAAGCCUCCGUCUGUAUAAAAUUUGGGCAAGAUCUCUUCUCUAAAACGCAUCUACUAUAUGUGGUCCUCUGGCUUCUCUGUGUGGCAAUCAUUACAUUCCUGUGUCUGUAUGGGAUGGUGUGGUACGCCGAUUACUGUGGCCAACGAGAGACGACAUUUUCUGAGUAUGAGGACAGCACAUACAACACAGACAUUCCCUGGCAUCACAAUGACAAACCAGAGACCCCCCCGAUCAAGCCGAAUGAAGGUACAUCGAGAAGAAAGAACCGCCACAGAGGAAAAGUCACCAACGGGGUUGGCAAGAAGUUAAUUCAACACACCCGGUGAAACCUUCGGAGGGAGCAGGAGCCAAUUGUAUUGUGGUUCACGCCCAGGAGGAGCCUUUAGAUGAUUGGAGGCGGAAAAGGAUCAUGCCAUCAGGGUUUAUCUUUCCUUAAGAAUCCCACAAGCUACAGAUCCUCCAUCAUCUUGAUUUCUAAGCCAUCACCUGCUCUUUAAUGCCGUUUAUAAGCUUCUCAGAACCAUUAGAGGCAUUGGGUCUUCAGUACUGCAAACUGCAGGCAAUCAAACAGCUGCCUCCGCUCUGUAGUGGAGAAACGAUAAGGGCCUCAGCCCUGCAAUUUCUUUUUGUUUUUUUUACUUUUUUUGGGCCAUGCACUGCUUUUUUUUUUUGUGACAAAUGUCUCUGUUAUCACAGAUGACUGCCAAAGCUUCCACCCCACCAGCCUUGUUGGUUUUAUUUCAGUGGGUUGACUUUUUGUAUUUUUUAACUGACACUUUGUGACCCAACGUGUCCCGCUUUUACUCCCUAUUUUUCCCCGGCAUUUUGUACAGCAUUUUGUACAGCAUUUCCUCCACCCCUACAUUUUGUAUUACUACUGUUCUAAUAUUUUUAGGGAUGCACCAAAUCCAGGAUUCGGGUUCGGGAUUCUGCCUUUUUGCCUUCUGCCCGAACUGAAUCCGAAUACAAAUUUGCCUUUGCCAAUUAGGGGCGGGGAGGGAAAUCUCGUUACUUUUUGUCACAAAACAAGGAAGUAAAAAAUGUUUUCCCCUUCAUACCCCAAAUUAUGAUUCGGUAUUCUUUCACAAAGGAUUCGAGGGUUUGGCCGAAUCCAAAACAGUGGCUUCAGUGCAUCCCUAAUUAUUUUUUUACAUACGAAUAUCGUCGUUCCAUUAGGAAUGAUUAUGAUUUAACCACUUGCAGAAGAAUUCCUUGGACUUCGUUCAGCAAUCACAGAACCCAGCGUUUACUGCCAUGGUUGUGCAGAGGUUUGUGUGUAACGUGUGUUCUUUCUGACCUCCUCUGAUGCGGGUUGGCUGGUCGCAAUUAAAAUGCACAUUAUGAGACCCUGAAUGCCAAACACAAAUUGAUCAUGCAACUUUGUAGCUGCCAUGAGUGGAUGUAGGACUUGACUUUUUUUUUCCGGGUAAACAGGGAAAGGCAGGGCUUGUACCGGCCAUGACUCAAUUGCGACAUGGCUAAAAUACACAUCUUUGAGACACAAAAUAAACUACCAUUAUAAUAA